GAGGAUCUCAAGUCCACAUUUUUUGGGGUGCUCCAGUUGCUCCACUGAAAAUGACAGUAUCAGAAGACACAGCUUCUUUAAUGUCUGUUGCUGACCCCUGGAAAAAAAUUCAGCUUUUAUACAGUCAACAUUCUUUAUAUCUGAAGGAUGAAAAACAGCACAAAAAUCUUGAAAACUAUAAAGUCCCAGAAUCUAUUGGUUCUCCAGAUCUUAGUGGUCAUUUCUUAGCAAACUGUAUGAAUAGACAUGUUCAUGUGAAAGAUGACUUUGUACGUUCUGUUUCUGAAACACAGAAUAUAGAAUCCCAGAAGAUUCACUCCUCUAGACUGAGUGAUAUAACUAGCUCUAAUAUGCAAAUAUGUGGAUUUAAAAGCACAGUUCCGCAUUUAACCGAAGAAGAAAAGUCAAAACUUCUCAGUGAAAAUAAAAUUAGAGAUGAACAGCCUAAACAUCAGCCAGAUAUAUGUGAUGUUGUUAUUCAUGAGGACCAAUGGAUUGGUGAGACAGUACUACAAUCAACAUUUAGCAGUCAGUUAUUAAAUCUUGGGAGUUAUUCAUCUAUUCAGCCUGAAGAAUAUUCCAGUGUAGUUAGUGACGUUGUACUUCAAGACUUACUGGCAUAUGUGUCCUCAAAACAUUCCUACCUCAGAGAUCUUCCUCCGAGGCAGCCUCAGAGGGUGAACAGUAUAGACUUUGUAGAAUUGGAGCACCUUCAACCUGAUGUAUUAGUCCACGCAGUACUAAGAGUUGUUGAUUUCACUAUACUGACAGAGGCAGUAUACAGUUAUAGAGGACAGAAGCAGAAAAAAAUUAUGUUAACCGUGGAACAGGCCCAAGAUCAACAUUAUGCGCUUGUAUUAUGGGGUCCUGGAGCAGCCUGGUACCCUCAACUUCAAAGGAAAAAAGGUUAUAUUUGGGAAUUUAAAUAUCUUUUUGUUCAGCGCAAUUACACACUAGAAAACCUAGAAUUGCAUACAACGCCUUGGUCAUCCUGUGAGUGCUUGUUUGAUGAUGAUAUAAGGGCAAUUACAUUUAAAGCAAAAUUUCAAAAAAGUGCACCCUCCUUUGUGAAGAUAUCAGACUUAGCAACCCACCUAGAAGAUAAGUGUUCAGGAGUGGUUCUAAUUAAAGCCCAGAUUUCAGAGCUGGCAUUUCCUAUUACAGCAGCUCAGAAGAUAGCUCUAAAUGCUCACAGUUCUCUGAAGAGUAUUUUUUCUUCUCUUCCCAACAUCGUAUAUACUGGCUGUGCAAAAUGUGGAUUGGAACUAGAAACAGAUGAGAACAGGAUCUACAAACAAUGUUUUAGCUGCUUGCCAUUUACUAUGAAGAAAAUAUAUUAUAGGCCAACGUUAAUGACUGCCGUUGAUGGAAGACAUAAUGUUUACAUCCGUGUAGAAUCAAAGCUGAUAGAGAAGAUUCUUCUCAACAUUUCUGCAGACUGCCUCAACAGAGUGAUAGUUCCUUCCUCAGAGAUCACCUAUGGGAUGGUCGUGGCAGACCUGUUCCACUCCUUGUUGGCAGUCAGCGCAGAACCUUGUGUAUUGAAGAUUCAGAGCCUUUUUGUGUUAGAUGAAAACAGCUAUCCAUUACAACAAGAUUUCUCCCUCCUGGAUUUUUAUCCUGACAUUGUAAAGCAUGGAGCCAAUGCCCGUCUCUGAGGCCAGAGGAAGAAAUUGCAGGCAUUUCAAGGAAGAAGUACUGAAAUGAUUUGUCUUUUGAAAUAAAUGAAUGACAGGGCUUUUGCUUUGGAUUUUUUAUGAAAUAUAUUUUACAAAGAGAAUUGCACUAGAUAUAUAAAUUAAAACUUUUUUCUAAGAAAAUCCUGUGAGGUUUAAAAAGAUUGUUUUUGUCUUUUGGUUUCUUCCUUUCUUCUGGAGAAAUGAUCUACCAGUCAAGGCAAUAUGUAGCAGAUCCCUGGGAAUUAAAGGUUUGCCCAUUUGUUCACUGUAUUUAGUCCCUGCUACAUUCCAGGCAUUGUACUAAGUAUGGGGAACCACAGAGAUGACAUUCCUUCAGAAACUGCUGCAGUGCUUUCGCUUAUCCCUACCUAAAAAACCGUCAAUGUGAAAUCAUUUCCUUGAUUAUAACUAUAAUGAUAAUGGAUUAGUUUAUAUAAACCUAUGUUUAGACAAGUUCAAGACAAGCGUGUCUUUCUAUAAAAAGUAUUGAAAAUGAAGGAAAUGAGAUCAUGUUUCAAUUUAUUAAAGCAGGGAAGAGCGUUCUGUUGUUAGUUCGUGUCUAGGAUUUGAGUGCCUUACCGAAUGUAUUUACCAGCAAACAUGUAGCAAUCUGUUCUCUCAUUGUGAUUGUGGAAGAAGCUCAUGUAAAAUGAUAGUCAUUAAUGAGGAAGUAUGGCGUGGUACUUAUUCUGUAAGUUCAGAGUAUGCUGAGUGUUAAUAGAUUAUCACAUUGCCUGAAAAUAAAUUCAUGAUGACAUGAACAA